UAGCAAUCACCUAUCUUUCAGAAGAGAAAAAAAGUGUGUAAACAAAAUGGAAGAAAAUAAAAGAAACUUAGUAGAUGAAGAAGCUAAAGCUUCGCUAGACAUAUGGAGAUAUCUCUUUGGGUUUGCAGAUAUGGCAGCUGCGAAGUGUGCAAUUGAUCUUAAAGUACCAGAAGCCCUUGAAAACCAUCCUUCUUCCCAGCCGAUGACUCUAGCCGAACUCUCCUUCGCCACCUCCGCCUCUCCGUCACAUCUCCACCGUAUAAUGAGGUUUCUUGUGCACCAGGGAGUCUUCAAAGAAGUCCCCACAAAAGAUGGUCUUGCCACAGGCUACAGAAACACGCCACUCUCUCGCCGUAUGAUGAUCACAAAACGUGACGGCAUGUCGCUGGCUCCUAUGCUUCUCCUCGAGACAAGUCCAGAGAUGCUCGCUCCAUGGUUGAAACUGAGCUCAGUUGUCUCUUCACCGGUUAACGGUUCGGUUCCGCCGUUUGAUGCGGUGCAUGGUAAGGAGUUGUGGUCGUUCACACAGGACAAUCCGCGCCACAGCGAACUAUUCAAUGAGGCCAUGGCAUGUGAUGCAAGGCGUGUGGUACCACGUAUAGCCGGAGCUUGUCAUGGCUUAUUUGACGGCGUGGCUACGGUGGUGGACGUUGGAGGCGGUACCGGAGAGACGAUGGGGAUAUUGGUUCAGGAGUUUCCUUGGAUCAAAGGAAUUAACUUUGAUCUUCCUCAUGUUGUUGAAGUUGCUCAAGUCAUGGAUAGUGUUGAGAAUUUUGGGGGAGAUAUGUUUGAUUCCGUUCCUGCAUGCGACGCUAUUUUCAUCAAGUGGGUGUUACACGAUUGGGGAGACAAAGACUGCAUACAAAUAUUGAAGAACUGUAAAGAAGCGCUCCCACCGAAGACCGGAAAAGUGUUAAUAGUGGAAUCCGUGGUCGGAGAAAAGAAAAAAACGAUGAUAAUGGAAGAAAGAGAUGAGAAACUAGAGUAUGUGAGAUUAGCGCUUGAUAUGGUGAUGAUGGCUCACACAAGCACAGGAAAAGAAAGGACUUUAAAAGAGUGGGACGUUGUCAUUAAAGAAGCUGGGUUUUCUCGCUAUGAGGUUAGGGACAUCGAUGAUGUUCACAGUGUUAUCAUUGCGUAUCGCUCUUAGAAGAUGGAGAUAAAGGGUCAAAUGGAAGAGCUCAAAAUUUAAUUAAAAAAAAGCAUUUGAGAAAUCUCAAGCAUAUUUGUGUAAUUUGGUACUAGCAGCAUGUGGGGGAAAUCUUUACCUAAGUGUCAUUGUGCUAGUGUGAAAACGUUUUUUUUUUUUUUUGUGAGAAUUUUUCAUGGUUUGUUUUACCAGUCGUGUUGUAUUGUGUUUGUCAUAUUUUCCCAUAUUGUCUAUUUGUCUCGUUGAUUGUUUGUUGACAUAUGAAUUGGUACUAUAAUCUAUGAAGUGU